CCUACUCGCUCCAGCGCUACUCGUCCACCACCCGCAACCUGCGCCCGGCCGCCUUGAUCAUGACCUUCUUCGCCACCAUCUGGGGCCUCGUCGUCGGCGCCGCCUACCUGCGCAACCGCAACGACGUCGAGACGCCCUCGAGCCUCAAGACCGUCUGGCUCGCCCUCGCCAUCGUCUACUUUGUCUGCGUCGCCAUCGAGGCAUUCGGCUUCUUCGCGUCGUACAAGGGCUCGCUCGGUCUCGUCCGCCUGUACUUCUACGGUUCGCUCGUCGUCGCAGCCCUCGUGACGGGCGCCGAGCUCGCCCGCACGGUCUGCCACUUUACGAUGAAGAGCGACAUCCUCGAGGCGUGCGCCGCGUCGUACAGCAGCGACAUUGCCGACGGGUCGCUCACGACGUCCACGGUCGAGAGCUACUGUCGCGACAACUGGCGCAACUCGUCCUACAUCGACAUUGCCCUCCUCAUCUUUUCGCUCUUCAUCGCCUUUAUCUUUGCGUCCCUGAGCGCGUCGUACUUGCACCAGCUCAAGAACCCGCAGAGCCUGCGCACCCACGUGCCGCAGCUCAACGCCUCGUCGCAGUACGCGUACCCGCUCGCGCCUUACCCGGGCCAGCAGCCGCCGUACCCGGCGUCGGCCAACCCGUACGGCGCGCCGCCUCCUCCCGGCUACGGCGGCGGCUACGACGCGACGCGCCUCCCGUCGUACGACAACCCGUACGGCGUCUCGGCGAGCGACGACAAGCUCCCCGUCCAGCCCGCCGGCGUCGUGCAGCACCCGGCGCCGGCGAGCAACCCGUUCGCCGACAGCGUCGAGCACGGCACGGCGGGCGAGGCAGAGCCCGUGCGCCGCGAGGGCGAGACGGGCGACGAGUUUGAGCGCAGGCAGCACGAGUGGAACGUGAGGCGGUACGGCGAGAGCACCGAGACGGUCACGCUCGAGCCGAGGAAGUAGUUCGAGUCGGGUCGGGCGGCGUCGUCGAGCUUGUAGCACUUUCUCUCGCCCUCAUCCUUUCCUCUCUCUCUCUUUCUCCCUCUCGAAUGUGCCGCCUCGCGUCUGCUAUCACGGACUUUGUUUCAUCGUU